AUGUCAAGUGUACAAGAACAAGAGUUACAAGACCAUUAUAAUGAUGUCAUGAGUAGUGACGGUGAGGAUGAUGAUGUUGAGAUGCUAGAUUUUGUGAAUGAGGAUCCAACUGUUGGUUGUGCACCUGCCUGUCCUGCACCAGUUUCACGUGGAAAGAAAAAUAAACUUAGAUCCCAAGUUUGGGAAUUUUUCAAACUCACUAAAUAUAAAGAUAGAACAAAGAAGGGAGUGUGCAAGGCUUGUAAUGUAGGAUAUAAAUAUGAAAGCCAAAAAGGUGGAACCUCAGCCAUGAAAAGGCAUAAGUUCCCUAACCGUCAGUCUAUGGACGUAGAGCAGAUGAUAUUAUCUGCAAACAAUGACCAGUUGUCUACCCGCGUACGCAAAGUUGAUCAGAUGAAAUUGCGAGAUCUGUUUUCAGCAUUACUCAUUGCAAGAAAUGUUCCAUUUGCUUUGGUGGAGUGGAAAGAAUUUAUGGAUACAUGUACUUAUUUAAAUGAGGAUGCUAAACCAAUAUCAAGGAAUACUGGGAAAGCCGAUGUAGUAAAGAAACAUAAAGCACAAAAAGAAGUUAUUCACAACAGAUUUAAACUUGCUUCAGGUAGGAUAUGUCUAACAUCAGACAUGUGGACUUCUGUAACAACUACUGGAUAUAUAAGCUUAAUUGCGCACUAUCUUGAUCAAGAUUGGGUGUUGCAAAAGAAGCUUCUGAAUUUCUGUCCUCUUCCACCACUUCAUACAGGUGAACACCUUUCUGCUAAGUUAUUUGCUAUGAUAGAAGAUUGGGGGAUUGAAGUCAAGGUAUCCAACAUCACCUUGGAUAAUGCUGCAAAUAACGGAGCUUGUGCUGGAAUUAUGAAGAGUAGACUUGUUGCAAAAAAGAUCUUGUUGAACGAUGGAAAACUCCUUCAUGUACGUUGUUGUGCUCAUAUCUUAGCUCUUAUUGUAAAAGAAGGACUUAAGAAUAUUGAUCUAGCCGUGCUUAAGAUAAGAGCGUCAGUGAAGUCCCUUAAAAAGUCUCAAUUGGUAGAUUCAGACUAUGAAGACUGUCCAACUGAUGAAGAAUGGGAACAAAUUGAAGUAGUCAAAAAGUUUCUAAAGGUGUUUCAUGAUCUCACAAAGAUAUUUUCUGGUAGUAAGUAUUCUACUUCCAAUCUGUAUUUUGAAAGAAUUUGUCAAGUUCAGGUGUUACUAAAGAAGGAAAGCGGAAAUGAUAUUGAAUUCAUUAGGAACAUGGUAAAAGAGAUGCAAGCAAAAUUUGAUAGUUAUUGGAAGGAGUUGAGUCCUAUAUUGGCUAUGGCAGUUGUGUUAGAUCCUAGAUCGAAAAUGAAUUUUGUGAAAUUUACUUACUCCAAGUUGUAUCCUAAGGUGAGAGAAUUAGAACGUGAAGUUAAUAAAGUGCGUAGUAAUAUGACAACACUUUUUAAUGAGUAUUACACCUUGUCAAGUUCAAGAGCUUUCAACAGUUGUGCAACUCAAAAUUUGGGUAUUCAAAAUGGUGGGAAUUCUGCUACCCAAGAAGGGAGUGAUUUUUUUCAGGAAUAUGUUGCAACACAGGAACGUGGAAUAUCUUGGCGAUUCGUACAGAGGUUGUCUAAAUUCACCACUCGACAUCCUAAACUAUUGGAAGAACCAUGA